GAUAUAAAUAAAGAGAAGACAAUCCGUCACGUUUACUGUCGACCUUCUGUAUCGGAGGAAGUGGUUGGUGACAAGAAGCGAGAUGCUGAGCAAAGGGACGACUCUGCUGAUGGCUGUGGCUGUGCUCUGCAUGACGGCGAGCGCGAAAGACAUUACACACCGCAGUCGCUGUUUGUGCAUUGAUGUGUCAGACAAACUUGUGGCACCAAAGGAGAUUAAAGCCAUCGAAAUCCUGCCACCAUCCAGCACCUGUGACAACGUUGAAAUGAUUGUUCGCUUGAAAAAUGGAAAUAGCUACUGCCUGGAUCCAAAAUUCAAGAGGCUAAUUUUAAAACUGAAAAAGAGAAGCACCUGAGGGAAGCAACCAAAGUACAAUGAACUCCAUGGGGGUCUCUGCUCGUUAUGAAUGUAUAAAACAUGCUCAGAAUAUUAGAACACUGCUGGACAAGAGUCCAUGAAUGAAAAGCUUUGUAUUCUGUCAAUUAUCUUGAAAAUCUGCUAAAAUAUUUGUACCUUUUUGGAGCAGGAGAGGAUGAUGGGAAGCUUUAUGUUCAGCACAUGAAUGUCUUAAAUAUGCUAAUCAUAUUCACACCCCUUGAUGCAAGGGGGUCUGUAGAUGUUAAGAUGGAAUCUUUUAAUCUUUAAUUAUUAAGUUCUUUCACAAAUGCAUGCUAACUUUGGACUUGUACUUAAUGGUGAAUAAAGGUGGGUCACCACAUUCCAGAAAACUUGACCCGAUGAU